UGUUUGCCCAGAAGCCCAUAAAUUUUGGACAACGACACCGGCAUUGCUACCUAAGCUAAAGAGAGGAAAGGAAAAGGUUUGUGGUCAGCAAACUUUUUUUUCAGUUCUAUGGGGGGCGUGAGUCUUGUGUCUGGUCUUCUCAUUGAGUUGUGCGACUGUCCAUGCUUGAAGACAUUUGCAUAGGUUACUGAACUGGACAACACGACAGACUGUUCAGGGUGGAACUAGCUAGCUGAUUGUGAGUAUCCUGCGGGCCUCUGAAACACCUGAGGAGUUUAUUUGUGGAACUUUGUAAGCUGAUGCAUUGGGAUGAGAUGGCUGGAGAGAUCCAUGCAAAGCGCCUUAACAGGUCUGGGACCAGGAGAGCGUCUUCCAGCACUCUCGCUGCACCCAGACUACCAACAGUCAUGCUGACUAGCCACAGUGUUACCCUUGAAAAACGAGCCCUUCAUCGAUUGGCCCUGCCUGCUCACAUGUCUAAGAGGCAGUCCACAGGUAGCACAGGACAGAAGGCUGGAACGAUGCCAGAUUCACCUGCUGAUGUCAAAACCCAGCCCAGGUCAACUCCGCCCACAAUGCCACCUCCACCCCCUGCUGUCAGCCAGGCAGCCAAUCGCAACGCAUCAUUUACACCCACAACAAUGCUGAACGGGAGCAGUCAUUCCCCCACAGCACUAAACGGAGCUCCCUCAACCCCCAACGGCUUCAGCAAUGGACCGGCCACCUCCUCUACCGCUUCUCUGCCCACCCAGCAGCUUCCCCCUGCCUGCGGAGCCCGACAACUCUGUAAGCUUAAGCGUUUCCUCACCACACUGCAGCAGUUUGGCAACGACAUCUCGCCCGAGAUUGGAGAACGUGUACGCAGCCUGGUGCUGGGGCUAGUGAACUCAACUCUAACCAUUGAGGAGUUCCACUCCAAACUUCAGGAAGCCACAAACUUUCCCUUGCGUCCCUUUGUCAUUCCAUUUCUCAAGGCUAACUUGCCCCUCCUGCAGAGGGAGCUGCUUCACUGUGCUCGGAUGGCUAAGCAGACCCCAGCCCAGUAUCUGGCCCAGCACGAACAGCUGCUGUUGGAUGCCAAUGCCAGCUCUCCCCUGGACUCCUCCGAGAUCAUGCUGGAACUCAACGAGCAUGGCAAGAGAUGUACCCCGGACAGGACCAAAGAGAGUGCAGGGGACAGGGAUGUCUUGCACCCGGAGCACCUGGCCAAACGUCCAUGCACAGUGAGCCCCAGUCAGCGCUUCAGCCCAAGCAGUGGUUUACCUGCUCACCCUCCCCCCAAUGGCCUACCGACGCAUCCACCCAAUGGCCUUCCACAUCCUAACCCUCCUGCCCCACAGCACUACCGUUUGGAAGACAUGGCACUCGCCCACCACUACAGAGACGCUUACAGACACGCAGAGCACAGGGACGUCCGGGAUCGUCACCGGCAGACAGCCGUGCAUGGAACACGUCAAGAGGAAGUGAUUGAUCAUCGGCUGACAGACCGCGAGUGGGCUGAGGAAUGGAAGCACCUCGAUAACUUGCUGAACUGUAUCAUGGAUAUGGUGGAGAAGACGCGGCGUUCCCUCACCGUGCUGCGACGCUGCCAGGAGGCGGACCGUGAGGAGAUGAACCACUGGAUCCGUCGCUAUAGCGAUGUGGAGGAUAUGAAAAAAGGUGGGAGCUCCACCCAGCGGCCUCCUCCUCUUCCUCCCCACCACAACUCUUCCUCCUCCAACACUCCUAACAGCAGCGACACACAACCGCUAGAAAUCCACAGAGACUUCCUGCACCGGUCCCCGUCAGGCUACCUACCCGAGGAGAUCUGGCGGAAGGCUGAAGAGGCAGUAAAUGAAGUGAAGAGACAGGCCAUGUCAGAGAUGCAGAAGGCGGUGUCGGAUGCUGAGAGGAAAGCUCACGAGAUGAUCUCUGCUGAGCGCUCCAAGAUGGAGAGAGCUCUGGCCGAGGCUAAGAGACAGGCCUCUGAGGAUGCGCUGACUGUCAUUAACCAGCAGGAGGACUCCAGUGAAAGCUGCUGGAACUGUGGUCGCAAGGCUAGCGAGACGUGCAGCGGAUGCAACACUGCGCGCUACUGUGGUUCUUUCUGUCAGCACAAGGACUGGGAGAAGCACCAUCACGUAUGCGGCCAGGGCCUGCCCGGGAGUAGCAGCGUGCCACUCGGGACACCAUCUACCACCUCCAUCUCCUCCUCGUCCAGUGCGCCCCCCACACACUCCGAGAGCACCCCUCCAGGCCCCUUGUCCCUGGCGGGGCAAACCAGCAGCAGUGGCAGUCCCAAGGAAGCGAGCUCCAGCAGUGUUUCUCGCUCAACCACUCCAGCAACACCCGCCCUGAUGGAUUCCUCGUCCCGCUGACUGAUGAACCCCAAAUCUUAACCCAUUCCCAGCCACGUCUACUGCUGCUACAGCAUCCUUCAUCCAAAACAAGCUGAGGAACCUCCACCAUACUUAACAUCCUCUCAAAAUGAACUACGGCAACCUGGCUUCCACAUCUACAUUAAGAUCUUGUUUUCUCAAUCUCCAAAAAAACCAUCAAGGCUCAGAUUCCUUCACAAAAGGAUCUACUGUGUUUAAAGGCACAAUAUGUACGAUUUUUUGAUGAAAAUAUCCCAAAACC